AUGGCUACUUCAUUGGCUGCAAUGACGGCGCGCCGAGCUGCAACCUUCGCUCGGCUAUCAUCUCCCGGCUCAGCCGCUAGAUCCUCCUCUCUGAUUCCCCGCCGUGGCCUCGCUGGCGCUGCUGAUCACCAUGGGCCAGCUAGGGUUGAUUGCUGGAAAGACCCGAUGAGUCCGUCCAAGUGGAAGGAGGAGCACGUGAGUUUCUUUUCAUUACAUUCGUCGUUUAUUAUUGAAUUAUUGUCAUUUUGUAUGGAGAUAAUACUGGAAGUUGUAAUGAGUGAAGUUCAAUCUAGGAAUGAAUUCACUCAAAAUCAGUACCAAUUUAAUGAUCACAUCUCUAGGAGUUGA